AUGGGGACCCGCACGAGCGUCAUUUCCAUAUGUAAGGAGCCAGCGCUCACAAAAGCGCGGCUCCCGGAGGCUGCGGCGCGCAUCCUCCACGCCCGCCCGCUCGCCCCCCGCCCGCGCAGCCCGCGCUCCUUGACCUGCCCCUCCUCCGCCGCCCACGCCGCCCCCUCCCCGCCUCGUCCCGCGGGAGCGCCCCGGACCGAGUCGGCCGCCACCCCCUGCUCCCGGCCCGCGGGGACAGCCACCGCCGAGCCCUGGCCUCAGAGGGGAAACCCCAGCCUGUCACGGCCGCGGGGCGGGGGUCCCCGGGAGAGAGCUCUGCGCUUACCGCGUCCCGGGGCUCAGGCGGCCGGCGCCGCCGCGGGGACCAUGACCGCGGGAGCACUCGAGCUCGGACGCGGCGGCGGUGGCAGCGGGAUAGCCGCGCCCAGCGCGCUCGGCUACCCGCUCGGCUGCGGCCACCCGAAGCUUUGGACGCCGGGGAGGAAGGGCCAGGCCCCGCGCGGGGAGGAGGAGCUAGGGCGACGCCGGCCAGGGCGCGGCUCCUCCUCCGCGGCCCGCGCAGCUGGGGCCGCUGAGGGAGGAGCGCCGGGCGCCGCCCUGACACUUGCAGGGGUCCGUCUCCCACGCGCUCCACCACCUCUGCGACUCGGGUGGCCGGAGCACCGCGGAGCCCGGUCCCGUUUUGUCUGGGACGCUGGGGCUGUCGCCUGGGAGAUUUGAAUUUGAAAACGCCGCGGCUCGCGGGAGCCCAGGCGGAGGAGGAGGCCUUGGAUUACUCAGCCCUCGAGCGUCCAUUGGCGGUCAUUGGAAGAGGGGUCCAGGAGGUGGAAGAGCUCCGGACUUGACUCUGAA